AUGGCUAGCGCCGCCAUAAGAAGGUUGAAGCUCAACACGGAUGCCCUCUUUUUGCCCGAAGGUGCGGCAGGUGGGGCAUGCGUGAGGGACCAUCGUGAUUACAUGGUAGCCGGUCUUUCUUUUAAUCUUUCGGCUUCUUCAGCCCUUGAAGCUGAGGCUUUGGCUUUGCACUUUGCUCUUCAAUGGUGCGACACUAUGGUGAUGAUUCUUGCUCUUGUGGAGGUGGAUUCUUUUGCACUAGUCCAUCUGGCAUCCUCUUCAUCGACGACAACUCCAUGGAAGUUUAGGGAUGCCAUCCUCUGCGCACGUGCUUGCCUCUCAUCGUGGGGCUCCUCAAUUCGACAUGUUUUUAGGGAGGCAAACCAAGUUGCUGAUGCCCUUGCGACAGUCGGUCUUAACACUCGCUCAGCCUCUAUUUACUGCUCCAUUAGCUCUUUGCUUGUAAGUGUAAAGCUGGCUCUCUUGUAUGACCUUCGGGGUUUUGCGACCCACCGAGCUAUAAGCCUUAAAUAA